AACGUGACAAACUUUUUGAUGUUCCAACUUUGAACUAAAUAAAAGUAUUGAUAAGCCAUUUAAAAUGUUGACCAAGACUAGUUUUAAACAAUAAAGAAGAAUAUUACACAAAUCAACCGAUGAUCCCUCAGGUUCACAGGUCACGUGAUCAUAUGUGACAUCUCUCAUUUUUGUACACAUUUCACGCAUAACUAAAUAUAUUGAUGGGAAUACACCACGGAUCCAUAACAUUUUAAUGAUGGACAGUUGACCGGUGCCAUAGGGUGACCAAGCAUGAUGGGAGCACCCUUCCUGAGAGGGGUAAGGGCCACACCUCCUCUUGGAUGCGUAGCAGGACUAGUGUUUCUUAUCUACCUCAGUACACUUGUAACAGCAACAGGAAGAAUUGCAUUCUUGGACCAUUCUGCCAACUCAUCACUAGUGCUUACACAGACUACAAUAGAUUUUAGCAUGAAAACAUUCAGGAUUGCAUUUUCAUUUUUAACAUGUAAAGAAGGACAACUUUUAUACCAAAGAGGAAACUCAGGAGAUUUUAUUAGAUUAUUUUUACAGAACGAUUCGUUUCAUAUUUCGUGGAAAUCACAAUUAACAGAAGUAUCAUUAACUAUCGCAAAUCAUUUGGAUAAGAACUCAUGGUAUUUUGUAGAUUUAUUUGAAAGAACCGGUGAUAUUCAUUUUAUGUUGAAAAAAAGUGGUGUUUUAGUUAAAGAUAUUAUAAUUGCAAACAAUACACACAGGACUAGUAUAUUUCGACUGAAUUUAAGUGGAAACACAGGUCUUUCGAUCGGUGGAAAUGAUUUUACUGGCUGUGUUAUGCAAGGACCAUAUUUUUUAUUUGUAAAUAAUCCAAACAUUAUAGAGGCUCAUGUGAUAUGGAAUGAUACAGACUGUCCAUUUAGCUCUGCUGAUUGUACUGCUUCACAAGAUAUAAAUGACUGCUGGAAUACUCCCUGUAAAAAUGGUGCGACCUGCAAUGACCUUCCCAACUCUUUCAACUGUACCUGUCCACAUCUGUUCAAUGGAACCAUCUGUGAAAAUGACCUAAGUAUUUAUGGCUGUUCAGCAUCACCCUGUUUAAAUGAAGGAACUUGUCGUGACGAAAAUGAUGGCAGCAGAAUUUAUAAAUGUUUAUGUAGACAAGGUUUUAAUGGUAUUAAUUGUGAAAACAGUAUUAAUGAGUGUGCCUCAGGACCAUGUAAACAUGGAUCCAAAUGUAUAGAUGAAGUUAAUAAUUAUAGCUGUGAUUGUACAGGAACAGGUUAUACAGGGCAGACCUGUGAAACAAAUAUAGAUGAAUGUCAGUCUGGGACAUCUGUUUGUGGUCCUGGAACAUGUUUUGAUAAUCAAGGAUCCUUUACUUGCCAAUGCCCUACUGGGUUUGAAGGACUACAGUGCCAAAAUAAUGUAGAUGAAUGCAGUUCUUCCCCAUGUUUCAAUGGUGCCACUUGCCGUGAUGGUAUAGCUUCAUACACAUGUGUUUGUGUUACUGGAUUCGAAGGUCCAGACUGUAAAAACAAUACAGACGAUUGUAAAAAUAUCAUUUGUCCAGGAAAUAAUACUAUAUGUGUGGAUAGUAUAAACCAACAUAGUUGUGAAUGUAAACCAGGUUUUACUGGCGCCCCAGGAAGCUGUACAGAUAUUGAUGAAUGUACGACAGACCCAUGCAGAAAUGGGGGAUCUUGUCAAAACUUAGAAAAUGCAUAUAAAUGUGUGUGUCCUGCUGGCUAUACUGGACCACAAUGUCAGUUUGAUAUCAAUGAAUGUGCUCCUAACCCUUGUCAGAAUCAGGCAGAAUGUAAAGAUUUGGUGAACAACUAUGAGUGUGUAUGUUUAGCUGGGUAUUCUGAUAGGAACUGUCAGACAAACAUAGAUGAAUGUGUAACCAACAACCAGCCUUGUCAGAAUGGAGCCACUUGCCAUGAUUUGGUGAAUGACUUUAAUUGUACUUGUGCAGCAGGAUGGACCGGACAGCUGUGUAACCAGGACAUUAAUGAAUGCAGUCCUCAACCCUGCCAAAAUGGUGCUACAUGCCAUAAUUAUCAAAAUUUCUACAAUUGUACAUGUGUUGCUGGUUAUGACGGUAAAAACUGUGAAAACAACAUUAACGAUUGUGCCCCAGAUCCAUGUCAGAAUGGAGGAUCAUGUACAGAUCUUGUCAAUGGGUAUAAAUGUAACUGCAGUGAUGUUUGGAUGGGUAAGAACUGCUCAGAGGAAUAUGAUGCAUGUUCAUUCAAGCCAUGCAGGAAUGGUGCCAAUUGCUCCACAAUCAGACAAUCGAGACAAUAUAGCUGUGCAUGUGUUACGGGAUUCAAAGGCAAUGACUGUCAGACGAAUAUUAAUGAUUGCAAGAAUGACUCCUGCACGUGGCCAUUUAAAUGCUUUGACCUGGUCAAUAAUUAUACCUGUGCAUGUUCUACAGGAUUCACUGGUGUAAACUGUUCAGUAGAGAUAAAGGAAUGUGACAGCAACCCUUGUAAGAAUGGUGGCACAUGUGUUGACCAGAUAGGCAAUUACACAUGUAAAUGUCCUCAAACAUUUGUUAAUUUGACCAAGUUUGGUAACGGAGAAAAACUAGAAUUUUUGACUGGAUACAAGGGAGUGCACUGUGAGAUUAAUAUCGAUGAAUGUGCUCUGAGACCAUCCAUUUGUUUGAAUAAUGGAACUUGUAAAGAUGGAACUUCACAAUCAGAAUAUUACUGUCAAUGUGGACCUGAUGCCAAUGGGAUAUAUACAACAGGAAAGAACUGUGAGUUAAGAACAUCCUACUGUGAAUCAUCAGACGAUGUAAAAAAUGAUCCACCUGCCUGCAAAAAUGGUGGUACAUGUGUAUCAGGGGACACAACUUAUGCUUGUAACUGUACUCCAGGAUUUACAGGGAGAAGAUGUGAGGUCAAUAUUGAUGAAUGUGAAUCUAACCCAUGUCAAUAUAAUGGGACAUGUAAUGAUGGUAUAAAUGGGUACACCUGUGAUUGUAUACCAGGUAUUACUGGUCCAAACUGUGAGACAGACAUCAAUGAAUGUGCCUCUGCACCUUGUCAGAAUGAGGGUCAAUGUCAUGACAGAAUAAAUGGAUAUGUGUGUAAUUGUACUGAUACAGGAUUUAAUGGAACAGAAUGCCAGUUUAACAUAGAUGAUUGUGCCAUCUUAGACCCCUGCAAAAACAAUGCUACAUGUAUAGAUCUUAUUAAAGACUACAGAUGUAAUUGUUUCCCAGGAUAUUCGGGUAAAAAUUGCGAGACUGACAUUGACGAGUGUGACUCAAGCCCAUGUCAGUAUAAUGGUACAUGUACACAGAGGUCCAUUCAGAACACUCCAGAUUUUUCCUAUUUUGAUGCAGAAGGAUAUGAUUGUAGUUGUAUUCCUGGAAUAACAGGAGAUAAUUGUGAAAUCAACAUAGAUGAGUGUGUAAACAAUACUUGUCAGUUUGGUUCUACUUGUGUGGAUCAAAUUAAUGCCUACACAUGUUCAUGUGCUCCUGGUUACCGUGGAGACAGAUGCCAGACAGAAAUUGAUGAGUGUGUAGAGUUUCAACCAUGCCACAAUGGUGCCACAUGCAAAGAUCAAGUCGCAGAUUAUAACUGUUUAUGUCCAGAGUUUUAUAUGAGUAAACAGUAUGGCGGGAAAAAUUGUACCGUACAGUUGACCAGUUGUGUGGAUAAUAAUUGUACAAAUGGCGCUACUUGUAAACCAUAUUUAGUGAAUGAAGCUACAAAUAAACAGGCAUACACAUGUGCAUGUUUGAAUGGUUUUACAGGAGAUCUGUGCGAAAUUUCAACAACCAUGUCCUUUAAAAAUAAUUCUUUUUUUCAAAAUACACUGACAAAUUUGAUCAACAACACGAUAUCCAUCCGAUUUAGGACAACAUUGUCUAAAGGAUUAAUUUUUGCAUGGGACGGAAAUUAUGUAACGUCUGCCCUUUUUUGUACAGUAGAACUGUUUAAUGGAAUGUUGUAUGUGACAUAUCCAACAGGGGAGAUAAACAUGGCUGUAACUAAAAAUUACAAUUUUCCUUAUAUGGUCAAUGAUUCUCUCUGGCAUGAAGUCAAAAUAACACAAACUGCUGAUGAGUUGUAUUUUGAAUUGAAAAGUAGCAAAUGUUCGUCAAUUUCAAGUUGCAGGAAAAAUGUGAGCUAUACAAUCGGGGCUCCAAAAAUUGACAUAUCGUUUGGAAAAUCUUCAAAUGCUUUUAGAACUAGUAAGACAGUGUCUAAAUCAAACUGGAUUGGCUGCAUGCAGGAUAUACAUAUAAAUGGUAAAGUUUUAACCAAGAGUUCGUUGCCUGAUGCUGUAAAUGUUGUAGCUGGUUGUGGAAGGACAAUUCAAUGUACGCCAGAUUCUUGUAACAAAAGAGGGACAUGUAUAGACUUGUGGUAUAAAUAUCAAUGUGUUUGUAAAAGACCAUAUCAUGGCACAGACUGUGAGAAAAGUUUUACUGCUGCCACUUUUGCCAAAGGGGACAGAACGAGUUGGACGAGCUUCGACAUUAACAGUUUAAAAGCCUCACUCCGGAGCAAUUUAGAUAUAUCAUUCUUUUUUCGUACCAGGGAAACACAAGGUCUUAUGAUGUAUUUAGGAGAUCAGGGGUCUACAUAUAUUACAUUAGAGCUGUACAAAGGAUACAUCUUAAGUCGGAUAGUUCUGUGCAGUUUUCGUCAAGCUUUCUAUAUUAAUGAGACUACGUUUAAUAAUGGCGCUCAACAUUUUACAAGAGUUCAAUUUAAGGACAAUAUGUUUACUCUAAAUAUAGACACAUUCUCCGUGAACGAUUCAGUAUCGAUAUCAUCAACUCAGUGUCCAUUUAAUGCAGAUUACUUUUAUGUCGGUGGACAAAUUCCAGAAAACUUUGGAACUGGGAGAAGGAAACGAAAUGCCGAUUUCACAAUUAGUAUGGACGAUAUAUCUAGUUUACCAUCUGUUGGUAGAUACAAAGGAACAAUACAAGAUAUUGAAUUAAACAAUCAGAAAUUACUGUUUUAUCCAGAAAAUGGAGUGCCAAGCAUUGAUGCAACCAAUGUCUCCAGUCUUGUGCAAGGGGAGGUUACUGAUGAUAUCUGUAGUAGUUUCCCUUGUGAUAACAAUGCUACUUGUACCAAUGUAUUUUUCAAUGAUUUCUAUUGUGCUUGUCCGCAUGGAUUUAUUGGUAAAAACUGUAGUGAAUUAGAUUUUUGUAAAGAUUAUUCCUGUCCUGCUGGAUCAGAAUGUAACACUCUACCAGAUGGCUAUGAAUGUUUAAGCACUGCCACAUUAUCAGGAAGCACAAAUGAUCCUUCUAUCAUUACCUAUGAUAAACAUAUCAAGUCUGAUUACAAGAUUCACGAAAUUUCCUUGAAAUUACAAACUAUUGUCCGAAAUGGCCAUAUAUUGCUGAUAAAAAAUGAAAAUGAUCUGUAUAUUAAAAUUGAGCUUAUUGGAGCUAACGUUGUGGCAACAUGCAAGUUAGAUAAUUCAGUAGAACAGAAAAUCAUGGUGGAUUUAUUGAUCAGUGAUAAAUCUUGGUAUAUGGUUUCCCUUACUGAGAAGGACAAAGACCUGACGCUAACGGUCAAGGGAGAUAAUCAGGAAGCUACAAAUAUGACCGUGCUUUCCUCUAAUGCUAUUUCAAUUCAAACAUUGAUUAAUUAUGGGACAUCGUCACCAGAUAUAGCACUUGGAUUUACAUCUUUAAUUUCCCCAUUGGCACACCACUAUUACAGUGGAUGUCUGAAAGAAGUCAGAAUUGGGGGUAUACUAUUACCAUUUUAUCAACAAGACCUAUUUACCAAUUUCACAACGGAGCAAUAUUUUUCUGUAAAGACGAAACUAAAUCUCCAAGAUGGUUGUGUAGGUGGGACCGGUUGUACAGACAAUCAAUGUAAACAUGGAACUUCCUGUAUAGCAGGUUACUAUGGUUACGGGUGUAAUUGUACAGGAAGUGGUUACGAAGGCGAUUGGUGUCAGACGAAUGAAAACAAUUGUGAAGUAGGAAGAUGCUAUGACAACUACAAUCAAGGGAAAUGUGUUGACAAGGUCAAUGGUUUCUAUUGUCAAUGUAGACCUGGCUACACAGGAACAAGUUGUGAGACUGAAGAAGCUGGAUGUGACCCAUCGUGUCUGAAUAAUGCUUCCUGCCAACAGAAUAAAUGUCAGUGUGGAACAACGUUCGUUGGGCAAUCUUGUGAAGUUAAUGCAGCAUCAAAUUGUUCAGAUACACCAUGCAGAAGUAGUGGACAGUGUCUGGAUUUAACAGGGUCGACACCAAGUUUUAACUGUACUUGUCCCAGUGGAUACAGUGGAUAUUUAUGUGAAAAGCCAAUAGAUUACUGUAAAGAUCUGCCUUGUGAUAAUGGUGGAAAUUGUACAUCAAUGAUCAAUGGUUACCAGUGUGUUUGUCCACCAGGAUAUUCUGGUAAAAACUGUUCAGUAGAUAUUGAUGACUGCAGUGCAGGGUCCUGUCAGAAUGGAGGUACAUGUAUUGAUAUGGUGGACAACUAUAUAUGUAAUUGCACUGAUAGUUGGCAAGGAAAACGUUGUCAGGUUGAUGUUGAUGAAUGUGAAACACAACCUUGCCAAAAAGGAGGAAAAUGCCAAAAUUCACUUGGAUCAUUUAAUUGUGACUGCUAUGAAACAGGAUACACAGACAAGUAUUGUAAUGCAGACCUGAACGAAUGUGAGUUAUCACCAACACCAUGUCAAAAUGGCGGACAAUGUACAAACUCUGAUGGAGAUUACAACUGUUCUUGUACCUUGGGGUACGAGGGUAAAAACUGCAGUAACCCUAACUGUAACCUUGUUUCUUGUCAAAAUUCUGGAACCUGUGGGAUAGCUAACAACCAAUGGAAAUGUUCAUGUCAGCAGUAUUAUUUUGGUCAGUUGUGUGAAUCAAAAGGAAAGUGUGCUGACAAUCCAUGUCAUCAGAAUAAUACAGCAUACUGUUAUCAAGAAGACAAAGUUAACGGACUUUACAACUGUACUUGUAAAAGGGGAUGGCAAGGCAUCCAUUGUGAAACCAACAUAAAUGAAUGUUUUACUGAUAUCUGUCAACAUGGUAGUACCUGUACUGACUUAGAUGGUGAUUAUUAUUGUAACUGCAUCCCUGGUUAUUUUGACAAGAAUUGUUCCACUGAUAUAAAUGAAUGUCUAACUCAACCAUGUAAAAAUGGUGGAAACUGCAGUGAUCAAGUCAAUGAUUUUUCCUGUGAUUGUAACAACACAGGUUACAUUAAUAAAACCUGUGAGGAAGAUAUAGAUGAAUGUGCCUCUAAUACCUGUGUUAACUUUGUCCAAUGUGACAAUUCUCCUGGUGACUUCUCAUGUACAUGUAUUCCUGGAUAUGAAGGCAAAAGAUGUUCUGUAAAGGAUCCCUAUUACCAAAGAAUAGAUAAUGAAAAUGACAUUAUGUGGUAUAUCAUUGGACCAGUUGUAGCUGUUAUACUUAUUGCUAUAGUUGUUGUGAUAGUUGUGUUUGUGUUAUGUGCUCGCAGUAAAAGGGCAACAAGAGGAACCUAUAGUCCCAGCAGACAAGAAGUCACAGGGUCCAGAGUAGAACUAGGUCAAGUACUUAAACCACCACCAGAAGAAAGGCUUAUAUGAAGCUUAAAUGCAAUAAACUUAAAUUAUGAGAUUAUAUCAUACACAUUAUUGUGUUGGACUCAGAAUAUUUAAAAUCAAAUGACAUUCCAAAGACUUUGAAAAUGUCUACACUGUUGUCGGAAAGUAUUAAAUGUGCCCAUAUGACCGUAACAAGAUUCAGGUGGAUGAAAUUAUCAUAAAAUGUCAAGAAUGUGCAACAUUUACUACUGUUUUCCAAGAAAGAAAUGGGGCAUGACCGGGUAUUCAUAGUCAGUUUUGGAUUCAAAAUGGUAGUAUACAUUUACCAAUCACAAUGAUAUGUGAAAGAGAAUGUGCCAUCCAUGUGCCAUUCAAAAUAUUUUUGAACUAUUUACUAUGCAUUCAUUUUCAUUGGUUAAAAAUAUGUUGAUUAAUUGCAGUAUUGAAAUAAGCUACAGACAAAAAAUAGUAAAAUAUAAUAUGCAGACGACAGUUAUUUAUAGGAACAUUUAGUAGCUGUUAUGUUAAAUAAAUUAGGUUGUACAGCAAUGAAACAAUUGUCUCAAAACAUAUUUCAUUUGAUGAAUUGCACAAAUGUGGAAAAAAAAUUUUAAUUCAGUAUGAAUAUGCAUACUUUUUCUGAAGGAAAAAUGUUAGAAUUAAGGUGUAUUUGAAGAAGAAAAAAACAGUUGGAUUUAUUUUGAGGUUUAAUUUAAAGAACUUCUUGUAAGGUCCUUUUUUCCAGUUUAUGCAAAACAUAUCGCUGAUGUUGUGAAUUUAUGUUUUUACAAUUUGGAUUAUUUAUAAACAUAUCAAUAAAUCUUAUAGCCUUUUUUGAAUGAUCAGAAAAUGAAUGGGUAAAGAUUGUAUAUAAAGUAUUUAUUGCCUUCAUUUACCAAAGUGCUAGUCAAGUUCUACCCAUUUUAAUUUGCCAAAAAGGAAAGAUAUUAAUCAAAUUUUAAUUUUCAUCUUGUUUGAAUUAUAAAAUGAAUUUCCCCUGACCUGCUGAGUGAGGCAUGGCCUAUACACAUAAUACAAUCUAUAAAUAGUUUGGUUCAACCUUGGUUUUUUUAUAUUAAGGUUGGUAAAUAGAGGAAAUAUUUUUUCUAAAAUUAUAAGAUCUGGAUUUUUUUUUCUUUGGCUAUCAUAUUUAACAUACCUGCCAACUUUUCAAAAUGCCCAUUGGGGUUUUGUGUGCAAGAUGGCUGUCGUAGUCCUAAAAAAACUCCAAGGGGGCCUUCAAAUACAUUUUAAUGUUGUUUUUUUUGCUUCUUCAUACUUGAACUCAUUGGAAAAUUAAUUGUUUUGCUUAAAUUAAGGACAAAAUUGCCUCUCAAAAUUUCAAUUUGGGAGCUCCAUGGGAUAUUCCCCCUCAAAUAGUGACAUUUGGCAGGUAUGUAUUUUUCAAAUAUAAAAAGUCAGCAUGUAUGUUAAGAAAGAAGGUCAAUCCUCCCGUGUCAACUCUACCAGGUCAGAUGGAUAUAUUACAGUUAAUGAUAUAUAUUUUUUUGAUGUAUAAAAAUCCACACUAUUAUGUCUAUAAGAAUGCAUUGCCAUUAAAAUAUUAUUCCAUUUUGGCAAUUCAAGUUCAUGCAUUUUUUUUUCAUUAUUGCUAAAGUUUUAAAAUCAUCAUGCCUUUUUAAAUUAUUGCAGCACAAAAUACUCAUAUAAAAUACUUACAUAAUAAGUAGAUACACUUCCAAUCAUUUACAGCAUUUUGAUUAUCACCAAUUGUUAAAAUUCAUUUAAAAAAAAGAGCAAUGUAUUUAAAAUGGUUUUAUAACUCAUCUUCAUUGGCAACAUGUGAUGAACUCACAGUUUUAUGAUAUACAAAAUUCUAAAUAUUGUUAUAAUUUCAAUUUAAUAUGAACAUGAUGCCUUUAUAUGAAAAUCAAAUGCUGUCUGUUUAUUAGCAAAUAUGGCCAUGUUUUCCGUUUAAUCAGAAUUGGUCAUGUAUGAAAGUGUAAUUUGCUGCCAAUAUAGCCAUUUCUACUUUUAUUUUUUAUGGGAAUAAAAAAUUGUUUAAAAGAUUAAUAUUACAUGUACUACUUUUGUCAUUUGUACACUAAAUAGAAUGUUUUGAGAUGAAAUCAUGAAGAACUUCAUUCAAAAAUGCUUAAUUAGACAUUAAAAUGUUGUAUUGUGAAUAUUUAUUUGUCAUGAAUUUUUUCCGAAAAUGAUAUUUAUGUUAUAUUUUGUAGAAUUGGUCAUGUGACCAUUAUACAUUCCUCAUCAAAAGGUUGUGCAUUGUAAAUAGAUUUUUAUACACUUGUAUGAUACACUUAUACACAUUUGUACAUAAUUUACAUAUCAUAAACAUAUCAUGUAGAAUAUUCCAUCCAUGUAAUCUUUUAAUUCUUAAAUUGUUCCAUAUUAUAUUAUAUUGCGUUAUAAUUAUAUUUUGAUUGAUAUGUAUGAAAACAUUGUAUAAAUUAUCAGUUGACAUAUAUUUUGAUUUGAUGAUAAAAUGAAAAUUUCACGACAAUGCCUUAAUUACAAUAUAUGAAAAUUUUCAUUGGGGAUUUAUUGCUUGGCAACUUUUCAAAUUAUUUUUUUUUUUUGGGGGGGGGGGGAUAUCUUGCCCUUUUUUUUUAGGAGAAUCUGUAUAUUUAUUUGCCAGUGCCAUCUGAGAUUGACCAUUUAACUCAUUUCACAUUUUGCACGCAAUUUCAUUUUUACUUUAAAAAAAAUUCUUACCUUUACAUGGAGUAAAAUGGAUUGCUUAUAUUGUAUGACACUUGGUUCAGAAUUUGAAUAUUGUAUUCAUAGGUUAUUUUUAAAUUAUUAAAAGUUUUUUCUCACCCUCAUCCACAAACAAAAAUGUGUUACCUUAAAUGUAUUAUAAAUUUAAAGCUUUAGAUGAAAUGUAACAUUUUUGGUUUUUAGUAUCUUUUUCUAAAGAUUUCCAAUUUUGGAGAGAAAAAAAAUUAACAUAUAUGUAUAUUAGCUAGGAAGGUUGGAAGCCAAUAAGAUAUGAAAAGGAGACAUUUUUCAAAAGACAUUUAUGCUUCUGCUUUAUUUACUCAGACAAAAGUUUAUAUUCGACAAGGGAAAUGAAGUCAUUUUAAAAAUAUAUUUUAAACAAGUUUCUUUUGCAUCAAGACUUAAGCAAUGAUGUAGAUGGUUUUCAAGCAAUUUUAAUACAUGGUUUUAUAUAUUUCUUAUAAUUUAUAGAUAUAAAUAUAUUUUUCUACGCAGUACUUUUUUUCAUAUUAUAUGCAGUGAUGCAGGAGAAAAAAAUGAAUUAACAUGUGGAUUAAUUCCUUAAUGUAGGAUGAAUUCAAAUGUAUUAUUUUAAAAUGUUUUACAAGGAACUGAAAUCAAUCAAUUUUCUGUCUGCUAACAUAUAAUGGAUUUCAGUAUAACACCUGAUCAAAAAUGUGCUAAGGAGACUCAUUUCAUGCAAGUGAAGGUCACCCAUCACACGUCAUAUCAAAAUAUCAAAGUUUGCUGGCCAAACAUUGAUUGUUGUAAUAAAUAUAUGCUGUAAAUUCUUCAAGCUAUAUAAGGGUCUGAUUGGGUGUCCAGAAUACAGAUUAUUUAGCAAAAUGUACAAAUUAAAUAGCCCCCCAAAAUUAAAUUAAGAAUAGAGAAAAAUAGGCCAAAAUAUAUAUAGAAUAGAGGAUAAUAUGGCACUUGAAUAUAAUACAGAGGGAAUAAUGGGCAGAAUUAAUAUAGAGUAAAAGAAUAAUAGUCUGAAAUAAAAGAAAUAAAGGGCCCCAUCAGAACCCUCAUGUAUAAAGAACAGCAAGAGUUUGAAGCUUCACUUAUUCUUGACUCAUUUGAUGAACUGUCAAAUAUUGUAACUUGGUGAUAAUUACAGAAUUUUGAUCAAGACAGAAUUUUAUAUGUUCUAUUUCAUAGCAUUUCAACAUUAUUGUCAUUAUAUUCCAUGAAAUAAAUUGAAAAUAUUUUAUUUUUUGAAAUAAAUAUGCAAUAUUUAAUCCAUACAUCAUUAUUAUCCAUAUAUCAUGUAUACAGAAAAUUGUUAUUUUUUGUACUGCUAACUAAUGACCUAGUCAUUGAAAAAUAAAGAAAAUCAGACUAAA